UAAUCAUGGCUGAUGGAAGCUUGGUGGAAGGCGAAGAUGAACAUAUUUUGUACGAUUUACUUGUUAUUACUGAGUGGCCGCCAGAGACUGACACUCAGCUGCGGGGCAACAAGGAACACAACAGCUCUCUGAUAGCUAAAGCUGUGACAGGUCCAUUCCGAUUACUCCUUCACAAUUUGUGGUAUAGCCCCUCCAGCUCGUCUCUGCCUCUUGGUCUCGUUCGGCUGGCAAACAAGCAGAUCAGCUGGCAGUUGGUUCUUUCAAGUAACGGCAAACUGCUGGCAGUGGUUCAAGACCAAUAUGUGGAAAUUAGGUCUGUGAGAGAUGACUUUGGCUCAGUCAUUGUGAAAUGUCAAGUGCCGAAGGACCCGAACCCGCAGUGGCGCAGGGUGGCGUGGAGCUACGACUGCACAUUGCUGGCCUACGCCGACAGCACAGGCACCGUCCGGCUUUUCAACCUCAAGGGCAGCGAGCUGUUCGUCAUCCCCCCGGUGAUGAGUUUUCCCGGUGAUUUCAGUAAUGCAGUCGCAGGCCUGAUCUUCCUGGAGUAUACAGCGAGUGCUCAGUGGUCCGCAGAACUACUUGUGAUCACAUAUGGUGGUGGACUCAAGAGUUAUCUAGUAAGUGUUGGAACCAAUCAGAACUUCCAGGAGAACCACACCUUCAGCUUUUCCACUCACCACUCCCAUGGCAUCACCUCUGCUAUUUACCUCCCUUCUCACCGAUUGCUGCUGAUAGGUGGCUGCGAACCAGGCGACGACGGCGCCUCCAAGGCCUCGUGCAGCGGCAUCACAGCCUGGAGGGCGCUCUCCAGCUCGCCUCACUACAAGCAGGUCACCAGCUACGAGGACGAUGUCUGUCCGAAACAGAAGAGGGGUUUCCUCAGAAUUCCCAGCUUUAGAUGGUUUUCAAGACAAGGGGAUGAAAAGGAUGGUGUGUUUCGCAUGAGCCUGAGCCCUGAUGGAACGCUCCUGGCUGUCAUCCAUUUCUCCGGUCGUCUGUCCCUUUGGGACGUCCCCUCCCUUAAACAGAGAGCCACAUGGAGCCAAGAAGAACAGCCAGGAUUUGAGGAGAUCAACCCAGAGUGGAGGACAUCACUGGAGAGGAGGAAGAAAAUAAAAGAUAAAGAACAAUACUACUCUCUGGUGGACGUGAGCUGGUGGAGUGACAGCGUGUUGAUUCUGGCUCGCUGCUCCGGUUCGGUCACCGUCUCGUCGGUCAGGAYGCUGCGCAACCUUCUGGGGAAGUCCUGCGAGUGGUUCGAGCCCUCGCCGAGGGUCACCGCCGCGCACGACGGGGGUUUCCUCAGCCUGGAGUGUGAGGUGAGGUUGGCCCAGAAGCGUGUUUGCCUGGAAAGCAACCUCAGCGGUGGAGCCAGUGAGGACGAGGAGGGAGACGAUGGAGACUCCGACUCGGACGAAGAGUCUUCAGCCAAAGCUCGCUACUUUGGCUACGUCAAGCAGGGCUUGUAUUACGUGACGGAGAUGGAGCGCUUCGCACCGCCACGCAAGCGCCCGCGCACCGUUAUUAAGAACCACCGCUUGGUCAGUUUGAGGUCCACCACACCAGAGGAGCUGUAUCAGAGAAAGAUUGACAAUGAAGAAUAUGGCGAAGCACUAUCUCUUGCCCAGGCCUAUGAUCUGGACUCUGACCUUGUCUAUCAGAGACAGUGGAGGAAAAGUCCAGUCAGUAUUGCCUCAAUACAAGAUUAUCUGAGCAAAAUCCGCAAGCGCUCCUGGGUGUUGCAUGAAUGUGUGGAGCGAGUACCAGAGAAUGUUGAUGCUGCCAAAGAGCUGUUGGAGUACGGUCUGAAGGGAACCGACCUUGAGGCCCUGAUAGCCAUUGGGCAUAAUGAAGAYGGUGGCAGGUUCAUCAUGCCAGGUGAUGUGGACAUCGAUGACCAGCCUUAUGAAGACACUUUGUCAGGUGAUGAAGAGCUAGAGAUGAAAAAAGAGGAGGCGGCACAGAAGAGACGAAAGCUUCUGGCCAAGGUUGACUUCACAAGACUAACUCUGGAGCAGAAAGAACUGUGUCGUAGCCGACUGAAAUUGCUCUCCUACCUGGACCGGCUGGCAACAUAUGAGGAGAUCCUCGGUGGUCCUCACGCGGCAGAGCAGAAAUAUGAUGCAGAGUUUUUCAAGACCUUUCGGAGUCAAAAUAUCGUUUUGUCAGCGAGAAACUACGCCAGGGAGAGUAACGUGCAAGCUCUGGAUAUUCUGUUCACGUAUCACGGAGGAGAACUCCUUAAGCAUCGACUGGCCAUCUUCUAUAACUUCCCAGAAACCACCUCUCCACACGAGUACUCCAACUUACUGCCUGAAGCUUGUCUAGAUGAAGGAGGCGAGAUGGUGUUGAUUCCCUGGGUCGAGCAGAGACACAGAGAGAUGGACUGGUGUGAGUCAGAGGAGUGCAGAGCGGUGCUGGAGCAGAACUUGCUCGACGAUGAUGGUUUUUUGUAUGAGGAGACUCCAGAGCUAAUGAGAUUUUGCACGGCGACGCCCUCCAUUGAUGUUCUCACCGACUGGUAUCAAAGCAGAGCUCAGGACAUCGAUUCCUGUUCCAGACAGGUGGACUGUGCUCUGUCUCUGGUCCGUCUGGGAAAGGAGCGGAAGAUCCCAGGACUGGAGCGCUUGUGUGACGACUUGGUCACCUUGGAAACACUCGUGUAUGAGACGUCAUGCGAACUGAAUGUGACACUGAAGGAUCUGCAGCAGCUCAGUGACAUCGACAAGCUCCAYCUGCUUAUGAAAAAUUCCAGCCUUGAGCGCUAUGUGAAAGAUGCUUUCCAGUGGAUGGUGCCAUUCCUGCACCGCUGUGAGGGCCAGAACGUGGGUGCUGCCAAAUCUCUGCUCGCAAAGUACCUGGUGGGCCUGGCCCAGCAGGACCUCACCCUGCCUCUCAUCAUCUUCCAGCACUCCAAACCGAACUGCCAGCAGAGGAUUAUUGGAGAUCCAGACCAGCUGAUGGAGGUGGCGUUGGAGUGCAUCUACAGCUGCGAAAGAGACGACCAGCUCAGCCUGUGUUACGACAUCCUGGAGUGUUUGCCGCAGAGGGGCUUUGGAUCAAAGACAGACAUCACUGCAUCGCUUCAUGACCAGGUGGACAAACUGGAAAAGCAUCUCAGUGUUGUCGAGGUUCUGGAGAAACACGGUCUUAAGAAACCCAUCUCAUAUGUGAGGAACAGCCAGAACAGUGAAGAGGAGGCCCACCAUCUAAUGGUCAAGCUGUGCCGUCACACUGGUCGCAAGAACCCUCCAGUGGGUUCGGCAGUGUGGAGAGGUCUUCUAGAGGACCUGCUUAAUAUGCAGCAGAACGCUUACACUUGUCUGAAACCAGAGACAUGUCAUCAGGUCUUUGUGGAGUCCCUGCUGUGCUCCAGCCGCGUGGAGAACAUCCACCUGGCAGGGCAGUUUAUGCACUGCUCCAAGGUGAGUCAGGAUGUUCCCGUCAGCCUGUCUUUCCGGGGAAAAGGUUACAGUCUSAAGGUGGCCUACGACAACAGCGUGGAAUUGGUGUUGGCUGCUGCCAGAGAGUACUUCAACUCCUCCACGGCCCUAACGGACCCCUGCAUGAACCUGGCCAGGGCGUGCCUCCAGCUGAUCAUAGACUGUCCUCCAUCCAUCCAGGAAGAACUGGACCUCAUCAGUGCCCUCAGCCAGCUGGGAGACUUUGGCGUUAGCAUUCUGCCACUGCAAGUUCGCCUGCGAUCGGAUCGUUUAUCUCUCAUCGAGGAGUGCGUCGCCCACUGCUCCACGGCCUACAAGCAGUCCACCACUCUGCUCAAUCUGGCCUCACUUCUACGAGUGACAGGAGAUGAUGAGAGCAAGCAAAGAGGCCAAGUGCUCACCUUGCUGGCAGAACAAGCUCUCAAGUUUUUGGACUUUAAGGCCGCUUACAUCCACUGUCAGGACCUCAUGGCUGCAGGUUACAGCCCGGCGUGGGACGUGUGCAGUUUGCUCGGUCAGUGUGAGGGUUAUGCAGACCUGGAGGCGCGACAGGAGCUGUUAGCCUUCGCUCUCACUCACUGUCCCCCAGACAGCAUCCACGCCCUCCUCACUGCCUCCAGUGAUCUGCAAACUCAGGUGUUGUACCAGGCUGUUAACUAUCAAAUGGAGCCUAUCAUUCCUGAGACUGAACCUGAGGCCAGCACAUCCACUGUGGGCUCUCCAGUCGGAAAAGCAGGGGACUUGUUGCACAGAACCACGGCUAAGACUAUGAAGGUUCUGACCUCAACCGGAGUAACCACCAAAGCUGUUCUAUCUGCGGUCAGUGACCACCGUUGGUGGAAGGAAUCACUUAACUACCUUCGUCCACUGCACGGUCACGAUGCAGGAGCCACCAGUCACAAAGGGGUGUGUGAAAACUCCAACCUGGAGCGCCAAGGCUGCAGCCCCUUUUAUCAGGAACUCAUCGAGGAUCCCUACGUAGACCCGAGUCAAGAUGUUUAUUCAUCCUACAGAGAGAUGCCCAAGGAAAACUUUGCUGAGGUUUUGCUGAGGACGGGAAAGUUGGCUGAGGCAAAAACUGAGGGUGAAACCCUGUUUCCUGCUACAGAGGUUUUGCUGCAGUUGGCCAAUGAUGCAUUUCCCAGGGACAUGAUGCUGGCUUUGUCCUACUUACUGGCCCUGCCUCAGGUGUUGGAUGCCAACAAGUGUUUUGAGAAGCAGUGCCGCUCCGCCUUGUCACUCCAGCUGGCUGCUUACUACUACUCCCUGCAGAUCUACUCCCGCCUCGUGCCCUGCUUCAAGGACAAGAAUCACACACUCUACCAGGCUGAUCCCAAGGAGCUGAUUCGAUUAGUCACACAGCAUGUGUCCUCGUAUUCUGACUGGCCAGAGGAGCUGCAGAAGUUAAUCAGCCAGCUGCACGUCUACAACGAACGUCUGACAGACUUCACCCAGGCCCAGGUGUUACAGGGACUGGGCCGCGGGGUCGACGUACAGCGCUUCAGCUCUGAUUCUGAUUAUAAGAAGGAGACUAUCCUUGGCCUCACAGAAACUCUGGAUGACGGUGUGUACAGAAUCGCCCUGUCGCUGGCGAAGCGCUACAAUGUUCCAUUGUGGGAGGUCUACAUGACUCACCUCGAGUUCCUCUUUACAGACAGCGGCCUUUCCACCAAAGAUAUCGAAGCCCGAAGUGAUCACCUCAAACUGUUUGAGACUCUAAAAUGCAACCCUGAGGAUAUGUACAGCCACAUGAACAAAUAUGUUCUUCCAAGUAUAGAAGGAUCAGACUUGGGCCGCCUGCUCUACUACUACACCCUAAUAGAUGCUGCGGGGUGUGAGCCUUAUGUUACCACCACCAUAAAGCCAGACUCUCACAUCAAAUUGCUGAAGAAGCUUCGGGCUGUUGCCAACGGUGUGAACUACAAAAAGUUGACCGAUGAAUCCUCUGAUCCACUGGCCACUCUACAACCGGUUCUGACCAGUCAGAAUGUCCUGUCAAUCUCCAAACUCGCCAAUCGGCUGCCUUUACCCGGCGGUGGAGGGGCAACGGUCUCCUCCAGUUCAGUCCAUGCAGUAUGGCUGCAGAAACUGUUUUGGAAAGGAGACUCACAGCAGCUGAAAAGACCACCGCAGAGCGAUCAAGACUACCUGCAUGCUUACGACACCUGUGCCAAAUACCUGGACAGGCUAGUCCCUGCUGAUAUUAUCCAUUUUCUGGACAGCAUCACCUUCUCUCCUGAUGCAGCCAAACAUCUGAGCGUCCAAGCGAGGUCGGAGGUGAUAAGGCGGGCUGCCAAAGCCGUGCGCCAGCUGGGCGAGAAGAGCAGAAAGAGAGGAGGCRACGUCUGUGGCGAGCAGGAAGGGACGGACCCAGCAGGAAUGACUUUUGAUGAGGCUCUCGCACACCUGCAGCAAUCACAGGCCCACCUGGACACUCUGAGUCAUGAAUUCAUUCUGUCGCUCAGAGACAGCCAGCAGGAACAGCUACAGAGAUACAGUCAACUUUACGACUUGUCGCGCUCCGAAAGGCCCAAGAUUUGCGAGUUGGCGGUCACCAUGACAGCCGAUGGACUGCCUCUGGYGCAGAUCAAAAAGCUUCUGAGUGUUGCCGUCGGACAACUCGACCUGUCUGCCAGAACGGUGCUUCAGGAGGCGGUGAGGAGGGUUGUGGCCGCUCUCAGUGGGGAUGCAGAUGCCAUGACGAAAUACCCACAACCCCUUGGGGUCCUGGAGGCCGUGGUGACUUCUGUGCACAACAAUGUGCAGAGUGGUGACAAUGCUGUGACAUCAGAUGACCUGCUGGCCUGGCUGCGUCCAUUCUGCGGCGACGCUUCUCUUCCUGUACGGCCUCGCAUCGAUGUGCUGCAGAUCCUGGAGAACAACUUCAAUCUCCRAGACAGCGACGUCCGUCUUCUGCUUCUUUAUAGAACUCAGGCUGUUCUAAAAGACAGAGAGGUCCAAGUCGAGGAUGUGGAGGAUGAGGACAAAAGAUAUGGUCUUUUCCAGACAAUGUUAGCCGUGGCACAGAAGUGGGAGGACUUUCAGUUACUGAUUCUUCUUCUACAAGCAUGGCCGCCCAUGAUGAAAGAGGAAGUGGCAAAAUGUGAGCGUAACCCCUGGGUAAUGCUGACCUCGGCGCUGCUGACCCGCUGCCAGGAGUCAGAGGUAGACCUGGGUCAGCAGGUGGUCACCAUGGUGAGGUCCCUCUAUAACACCAAACACAAGCUGCCGAGACGGCAAAGUCCUGCGACGCGGAGCUGCUCUCGUUGCUCCUGCACGCGGGCCUCCUGGUGGGCAGCGUCUCUUCCCCCCUGUAUCCCCUGCUCAGCGCCCACAUGCUGUCCCAGCAGCACGAGGAAGGCUGGGACGUGGAGAGAGCCGCCGCCGAGCUGRUGGCGGCGGGCCACCGGCCGGAGGCGGGCUCCCUGCUGCUGGCGUACCGGGGAACCCACCAGGCCCAGUUCACCUUCAACUCCGCUUUGGCCGUUCUCAAGAAGUGGCUCUAAGAGCCGACGUCUUCAACACUGAAACUUGAGCUCUAUUAGGAACGCGCGGUAAAACACAAACACAUCCUCUCCGCUGUCACUCAGUCCUGAAUAAGGAGCUAAUCAGAAGCCACGCGUACGGCUCACAUUUCUAUACAGCGUGUGUGUUUGUGUGCACGUUCUGUUGUGUGAUAACAUAAUUGAGCAGUAGCUUGGAAGCGGUGGGUGGAUAUUAGCCUAUUGUUCCAUGACAGGUUCGCCUCUUUAACGUCCCGUCGUUAAACACCCCGCCUCUGCUUCAUUGUUUUCUCCCUAAUAAUAUCUAAUUAAUUCCUUCCAAACAAAUUAGCCCUGCUGCAUCCCUGCUCUCUGCGUGUGUGUGUGUGAAGGUGUGUGUGUUGAUGUGCAAACUCAGAAUUGUUGUCAACGUUGUUUCCUCUAAAUCAACACAAGACCUAAUUACAGUUUUUAGUCCGUCCCACCUAUCAAACAUGAAAUAAAGAAAGAUCUAAUGCUAA